UUUCUUCCUCUCUUUCCCUUCCUACAAAACCCAUCCUCCGCUCUCACACUCUUUCCUCUUCUUCAGUUCUUCUCACAGCGGAAGCGAACCAAGCAAAAUGACGUCGUUUCUGGCUCUCCUCGCCGCUCUUUCCUUCUUACAGCUGCUCUUCUUUGGACCUUCGUUGAGUGCAGAGAAGACUGUCUCGCCUGGUCUUCUCACUUCUGACGUCACUUCUCGGAAAACACACUCGGAAGACUACUGUGCAAUGUAUGAUAUAUGUGGAGAACGCAGUGAUGGCAAAGUCUUGAAUUGCCCUUAUGGUUCCCCCUCUGUGAAGCCUGACGAGCUAUUUUCUGCCAAAAUCCAAAGUUUGUGUCCAACUAUAAGUGGAAAUGUUUGUUGCACUGAGCUUCAGUUUGAAACGUUGCGAGCACAGGUUCAACAAGCAAUUCCAUUUCUUGUAGGCUGUCCAGCAUGCUUGAGGAAUUUCCUAAAUUUGUUUUGUGAACUAUCUUGCUCUCCAAAGCAGAGUCUGUUUAUCAAUGUGACUUCUAUCUCCGAGGUUAGUGGCAAUAUGACUGUGGAUGGGAUCGACUAUUACAUAUCUGACACUUUUGGAAAAGGACUGUACAACUCGUGUAAGGAUGUUAAAUUUGGUACUAUGAACACACGGGCCAUAGAAUUUAUUGGUGCUGGUGCUAAAAAUUUUAAAGAAUGGUUUGAUUUUCUUGGUGAGAAAGCAGCCCCUGGUUUCCCUGGUUCACCUUAUGCCAUUGACUUCAAGUUAACCGUUCCCGAGUCAUCUAAUAUGGAGCUCAUGAACGUGUCAGUUUAUUCAUGUGCUGACACUUCACUAGGCUGCUCUUGUGGUGAUUGCCCUUCAUCUCCUGCGUGUUCUAAUUCUGAACCUCCUCCACACAAGAAAGAGCAAUGCUCCAUAAAAAUUCUAUCUAUUGAGAUCAAAUGCAUUGAUAUUUCAGUAGCCGUCAUGUAUAUUCUUUUAGUUUUUGCAUUCUUUGUUUGGGGCUUGUUUUAUCGGAAAAGAGAAAGAAGGAGAGCUGGAUCUACUAAGGAACCACUGUUGAGUGCCAUUGAUGAUGAUGAUAUCAACCCUGUUAACUUACAAAAGGAUGAAAGUUUUGCCAGAAAGGGGCAUGAGGUGGAUCCUCAAGUUACAGAAGAGGUUGAACUAUCUUUUAUUCAGGAAUAUAUGUCAAGCUUUUUCAGGAGAUAUGGAAUCUGGGUUUCUAGAAAUCCCACUCUUGUGCUCUUUUCCUCGGUGGGGAUUGUUCUUAUACUCUGUAUAGGUCUAGUUCGUUUCCAGGUGGAGACACGGCCAGAGAAGCUGUGGGUAGGUCCUGGCAGCAAGGCAGCGGAGGAGAAACAAUUCUUUGACAGACAUCUUGCUCCCUUCUACAGAAUUGAGCAGCUCAUUAUAGCAACUGUCCCAGAUUCAAAGCAUGGCGAGUCACCCAGUAUUGUCACAGAUGACAAUAUUCUAUUACUUUUUGACAUACAAGACAAGGUUGACGGAAUUCGUGCUAAUUAUUCUGGCUCAGCGGUAGCUUUAACUGAAAUUUGCUUGAAGCCUAUUGGCCAAGAUUGUGCCACUCAAAGCAUUUUGCAGUAUUUUAAAAUGGACCCUGAAAAUUUUGACAUCUAUGGAGGAGUUGUACAUGCCGAGUAUUGCUUUCAGCAUUAUUCUUCUGCAGAAACAUGUUUAAGUGCCUUUCAGGCUCCACUUGAUCCAAGCACUGCCUUGGGAGGGUUCUCUGGAAACAACUAUUCUGAGGCUUCUGCAUUCGUAGUCACCUACCCAGUUAAUAAUGCAGUUGAUGAUGUAGGAAAUGAGAAUGGGAAGGCACUGGCUUGGGAGAAGGCUUUUAUUCAGUUAGCAAAGGAUGAACUGCUGCCAAUGGUGCUGUCUCGGAAUCUGACUCUCUCAUUUUCGGCCGAAAGUUCAAUUGAGGAAGAGUUAAAAAGAGAAAGUACCGCAGAUGUUAUAACCAUAAUAGUAAGCUAUCUGGUAAUGUUUCUGUAUAUAUCUCUGACAUUGGGAGAUGCACCUCAAAUAUCUUCUCUUUACCUCUCAUCCAAGGUCCUGCUUGGUUUGUCAGGAGUAUUGCUUGUAAUGCUUUCUGUUCUUGGAUCUGUUGGAUUUUUCAGUGCUGUGGGAGUUAAAUCUACAUUAAUCAUAAUGGAAGUCAUUCCUUUCCUUGUUUUGGCUGUUGGUGUAGAUAACAUGUGUAUAUUGGUACAUGCUGUGAAACGGCAAUCACCGGAGUUACCUUUAGAAAGACGAAUAAGUAAUGCACUGGUUGAAGUUGGCCCAUCCAUAACACUGGCUAGUUUGUCUGAGGUUUUGGCCUUUGCGGUGGGAAGCUUCAUUCCUAUGCCAGCAUGCCGAGUCUUCUCCAUGUUUGCAGCUCUUGCUGUUUUGCUGGACUUCUUUCUGCAAGUUACUGCAUUUGUUGCAUUGAUAUACUUUGACUUUUUGAGAGCUGAGGAUGGCAGGGUUGAUUGUUUUCCAUGCAUAAAAGUCUCGUCAUCCUUUGUGGAAUCCACUGAAGGAAUCUAUCAUGGAAGAACUGGAUUGUUGGCUCGCUAUAUGAAGGAAGUGCAUGCAUGUAUUCUUGAUUCAUGGGUGGUUAAGAUGGUUAUCGUUGCUAUCUUUGUUGGUUUUACCUGGGCAAGCAUUGCAUUAUGUUCUAGGAUUGAAACAGGUUUGGAGCAGCAGAUUGUCCUUCCCCGGGACUCUUACCUCCAGGGGUAUUUCAAUAGUAUCUCAGAGUAUCUCAGGGUUGGACCACCAUUAUACUUUGUUGUAAAGGAUUACAACUACAGCUCAGAAUCAAGACAUACAAACCAGUUAUGCUCCAUUAGCCAAUGUGAAUCGAACUCUCUUUUGAAUGAGAUAUCAAGAGCUUCUUUAACACCAGAAUCAAGCUACAUUGCUAAGCCAGCUGCCUCUUGGCUUGAUGAUUUUCUUGUAUGGAUAUCCCCCGAGGCUUUUGGUUGCUGUCGGAAGUUUUUAAAUGCUUCUUAUUGUCCACCUGAUGACCAGCCACCUUGCUGUUCACCUGAUGAUGGACCUUGUGGCCUUGGUGGAGUGUGCAAAGAUUGUACAACUUGCUUUCGCCACUCAGAUUUGAUUGAUGAUCGUCCAUCUACAGCACAAUUUAGAGAGAAGCUUCCUUGGUUCCUUAAUGCACUGCCAUCCGCUGAUUGCGCAAAAGGAGGCCAUGGUGCUUACACUAAUAGUGUGGAUCUCAAUGGUUAUGGAAAUGGCAUUAUAAGAGCGUCCGAGUUUCGCACCUAUCACACGCCACUUAACAAACAAGGUGAUUAUGUAAAUUCAAUGAGAGCAGCACGGGAGUUCAGCUCAAGAAUGUCUGAUUCCUUAAAGAUGGAUAUCUUUCCAUACUCGGUGUUCUACAUCUUCUUUGAGCAAUAUCUGGAUAUAUGGAGAAUAGCUUUGAUCAACAUUGCUAUAGCUCUUGGUGCAAUCUUCCUUGUCUGUCUGCUUAUCACUUCCAGGUUUGUUUCCUUCUUGAGCACAUCC